ACUGCUGCUCACAGCCACCACCAGCCGGAACCAGGACCUGGUCGAGGAAACUAUUUGAGGCAAGACUCUUGGCUGUGGCCCAUGGGCCUCUGAGGAGGCGUUGUAAGUCUGCCCAGCUCCCCACUUGCUGUGCUCCCACUCAAUGGGAAGGGAAUCAAGGUACCCGGGCCAACACCAUUCUGGGUGACCCCCUGGGUCCAGACAUCGAUACAGAUUCUGAGAGGGCAAGUCAAGCAGGCCUUGUUCAGCCGUCAGCCACAGACUCUCGACAGCACCAGGAUGGAAGUCAAAGGUCAGCUGAUCAGCUCUCCCACCUUCAAUGCCCCAGCUGCCCUGUUUGGAGAGGCUGCCCCCCAGGUGAGAUCAGAGCGUCUGCGGGGGCUGCUUGACCGGCAGCGGGCCCUUCAGGAGGCCCUGAGCCUGAAACUCCAGGAGCUACGAAAAGUGUGUCUCCAGGAGGCGGAGCUAACUGGCCAACUCCCCCCUGAGUGCCCCCUGGAGCCUGGUGAACGGCCCCAGUUGGUCCGACGGCGGCCCCCGGCAGCCCGUACCUAUCCUCCAUCACAUCCCAACCCAGCACACCACUCCUUGUGCCCUGCUGAGGAGCUGGCUCUCGAGGCCCUGGAGCGCGAGGUGUCAGUGCAGCAGCAGAUUGCAGCAGCUGCCCGCCGCCUGGCCCUGGUCCCUGAGCUGAGUGCCGAGCAGCGCCGGCGCCGGCGCCAGGUCCAGGCAGAUGCACUGCGGAGGCUGCAUGAGCUAGAGGAGCAGCUCAGGGAUGUCCGGGCCCGCCUUGGCCUCCCAGUGCUCCCACCACCCCAGCCACUGCCGCUGUCCACGGGGGCAGUUAUCACCACCCAGGGAGUCUGCCUGGGCACACGCCUUGCUCAGCUCAGCCAAGAGGACGUAGUUCUGCACUCAGAGAGCAGCUCCCUCUCAGAGUCUGGGGCCAGCCAUGAUAAUGAAGAGCCCCGUGGCUGCUUCCCUCUGGCUGAGCGCCCCUCACCACCCAAGGCCUGGGACCAGCUACGGGUGGUAUCUGGAGGCAGCCCUGAGCGACGAGCCCCAUGGAAACCACCCCCAUCAGAUCUUUAUGGGGAUUUGAAGAGCAGGCGGAACUCUGUGGCCAGCCCCACCAGCCCCACACGCUCACUGCCCAGGAGUGCCUCCAGUUUUGAGGGGCGAAGUGUGCCUGCGACCCCUGUCCUCACCCGGGGCAUUGGCCCCCAACUCUGCAAACCUGAAGGCCUCCAUUCUCGCCAGUGGUCCAGCAGCCAGGACUCCCAGAUGGGCUUCCCCCGGGCAGACCCUGCCUCCGACCAUGCCUCCCUCUUCGCAGCUCGCACCCGCCGCAGCAACAGCUCCGAGGCCCUGCUCGUGGACCGGGCAGCUGAUGGGGGAGCUGGGUCCCCGCCUGCCCCUCUGCAUCCCCCUGCUGCUGGCCCCCCAGUCUGCAAGAGCAGUGAGGUGCUGUAUGAGCACCCCCAAACAGCCCCUGCCUUCUCCUCUCGCACAGUGGGCCCCCCUGACCCUCCCCGGGCUGCCCGGCCUAGCUCAGCUGCCCCUGCCUCCCGCGGAGCACCUAGACAUCCACCUGUGUGUGGGGACUUCCUCUUGGACUAUUCCCUGGAACGGGGCCUACCCCGCGGUAGUGGCGGAGCAGGUUGGGGGGAGCUGCUACCUGCAGCUGAGGUCCCAGGACCCCUCUCCCGCCGGGAUGGGCCCCUCGCCAUGCUCCCAGGCUCACCACCUGUGUAUACAGCUGACGGCAGCAGCCCCCUCCUCCGCAGCAAGGACCCCCAUGCACGUGCCACUCGCACCAAGCCCUGUGGCCUGCCCCUGGAGGCCUCCGAGGGUCCAGAGGGGCAUCCAACCCCUCUGCUGUGGAUGCCCCCACCCACCCGUAUCCCCCUGGCUGGUGAGCGCAGCGGCCACAAGAACCUUGCACUGGAAGGGCUGCGGGACUGGUACAUCCGGAACUCAGGACUGGCUGCAGGGCCCCAGCGCCGGCCUGUGAUUCCUCACAUGGGCCCACCACACCAACCCUUCCUCCAUGCCCGCUGCAAUGAGGUGGGUCAGGCGCUGUAUGGGACCCCCAGCCAGGUGCCGCUCCCACACUCGAGGAGUUUCACAGCGCCCCCUGUCUCCGGCAGGUAUGGGGGGUGCUUUUACUGAUGGGUAGGGGUCUCUUGAGGCAGAUGGUGAAGGUAUCCAGGCCAGGGAGCAGCUAGUCAUGAGAGCUAAUAACUUGGACCACACGAACCUAGCUGCAGUGCUAGCCCAGCUAGUUCAUGUACAGUUCAUGACCUGCGUUAGUCCACAGGGUCCUGGUGGAGGGGUAUCUUGGGUAUUGGUAACUGAAGUUCUUCAUCAAGCUGUAUGAUAGUUUAACAACCAGUGCAUGUCAGCUGAAAAUGAGCCUUAAAACCAGGGUGCUGGGAGGAAGGGGCAUCCUGUGCCCCCCACCUUUUUCUUCCUCUGUUAUCCAUGCUUGAGAGCCCUCAGGUGCUCUGUCCUGUGUCUGCCUCUACCUCUUUAACGAGCCUCUUUUCCUCUCUCUGUGUCGUGUCUUUUCCUCUCUUCUCCAUCUUCAACCUAUCCUCCGGAUUCCUGCUACCCCUUCUAAAGAUACUACGCGGACUUCCUGUAUCCCCCGGAGCUGAGCACUCGUUUAAGUGACCUGACGUUAGAGGGGGAGCAGUCCUCCAGUUCUGACCCCCAGACCCCGGGAACACUGGUCUGACCCCUUCUGAUAA